AAUGAUAACCUAAGACGACACUUUUAAGCGUCGUCGGAUACCGCUUGAGCCAGACGGCACUUAAGAGCAUCGUCGGAGACCAAGCCAUCACCUUAGGCCAGACGACGCUUAAAAGCAUCGUCGGACACCAUCCCACUCCCAAACAAAUUACCCCUCCUCUCUCGAACAAAAUUCCUAACACUUUUAAGAUCCUCCCCUCAACCUAACUCUCACCGCCUCUGAGUCCAGAUUGAGGUUUGCCUUUUUCGCUUUGCAGAGGAAGGGAAGACUCCAUGAGAAGCUCCAUGGUGGCGGUGCCCUUGUGGAGGAUGCGGAUUGCGUACGAGGUCGCUGGCGCCGUGGAGUACCUCCACGAGGGGUCCGGCGAGCUCCCGGUCGUCCAUGGCAACAUCACCGUGUUGAACGUCCUCCUCGACAGUUGGCUCGACCUGAAGCUUCAUGACUUUGGGUCGGCCCGGGCUAGGUUCUCGUCAGUGGUCUGGUUGGCCAAGCCGAUGGAUAAGGCCACCGCCCCUCCAGCCGCUCCCUUCUAACACAGACGAUGCUUAAAACCAAAUCUCUUCUAAUGACAUCUGCUGCUGCAAUUUCCAGUUCAAUCUCUUCGCAUUCGUUCAUCUCCUGUGAUGCCAGAGCUGCCCUAAUUGGAUCCAUGAGGCAUCUGGCGGCGCCGGCUACGAUGGUGGAAGCAGUGGUGGAGGAGAAGGGGAAGGGGAGGGAGGAGGAGGAAGAGAAGGCGAAUUACGAUCAGCUGGCGAGAGAGCUCGAGAACGCUUCUCCUCUCGAGAUCGGGGAUAAGGCCCUCAAAAAAAUUUGGGAAUGGCAUCGCCAUUGCCUUCAGCUAGGAGAGUAUUCCAACUACUUCCAAAUAUUAUAAAUUUAUGGGAACACCAAGAGCACUAGAGCGCUUGAAGAGAAAAAGAAAUAUAGACAAAAAGAACGAGAAAAGAGAGCUUCAACUAGAAAAUUAUUCAAGAGUAUCCAUUGAGCGCUGAAAGAUCAUAUCUUCUACAAUUGAGAGUUGGUGAAGCGCAUUCAAGAUCAAUCAAAGCCAACCAAUUGAGUCAAUCUCCAUUUAUUGCUUUAUAUUUAUUGUUCAGGAGUUAUACUUUAUUGUGUUUGCACCUUAUUCUUUCUAUACUUUGUUGUAAUAAGUUUUAUAAAUUGAAACUUAGAGAAAGGCCUAUCCAAAUCUCAAAUUGGAUUGUGUAGAUUUUGGUUGAUUGCAUAUAAAAGUCAGUUGGAUAGAUUGUGAGCCCGAAUAAAACAUUCAGUUGUUGAGCCUAAGAAUAGGCUUAGUGUAGUUUUUGGUUGAUUGUUUGAAAAAAUUAACUAGGUUGAUUAUAAGCCCGUGUAAAACAAUUAGUCUGUAAUCUCUAAAAGAUUAUAGUAAAAAAAUUU